AGCCGAUUGAGGCUCCAAUCCAGCCAAGACAGGAAAGAAGACACCAAUCAGUUGAAACAGACCCCCAAAUAGACGGGAGACUGACAGAGACAGCCUGCUAGACAGGACUCUCCCCUGCGAUGUCUCAUGAUAUAGGCUGUGAGACCCCCACAUUGCACAGCCCCACACAGCACACUGUCUAUGUCCUGGUGGACUCCAGUGCUGACAGCAUCCAGCUGCUCAGUUUGAGCCCCCUCCUGCCCGAAUCUGGAAUUGUUGAAGAUAUUGAUGUGGAAACUGCUCUUGAAACAAACAAGGAGCAAUUCUACCAGUUAAAGAGCCAACCCAUUGCGACAAGGCAAAACAAAGAGACUCCGUUAGCACCCCUACAGACACCUGGCACAAUGACAUUGCGGGUACUGCAACGCCAGCAGCUGAUGAGGGCUCAGACCCAGGAACAGGAGCGCAGAGAGCAGGAGCAACAGGCAGCUCAGAACCUGAUAGAACGUGGGAAUCCUAUACCCGCCACACCAGCCAUCAGCGUUAACAAUGUAACCCGCCCCACACAGGUGCCACUAGAGGUACUAAAGGUCCAAACCCACCUGGAAAACCCAACCAAGUACCACAUCCAGCAGUCACAGCGCCAGCAAGUUAAGCAGUAUCUCUCCACAACCAUGGGGGCCAAACUGCCCCUUCUAGGCUCUGCUCCAGGUACCAGCACUGCCAACAACGCUGGCACAUCUCCGCUCCCAGCGCAGCCUGCCAUGCCGUCAGCAAGCAGUGCCCCGAACAGUCCCCUGGCAAUGCUCAACAUUGGCUCAAACUCCGAAAAAGAGAUUGAUGAUGUCAUUGAUGAAAUCAUUAGCCUAGAAUCCAGCUUUAAUGAUGAAAUGAUGGGAUUUGUGGACAGAAGUCAGCUGCCUAGUACACUACCUGGAAAUAUUCUUGAUGUUUAUUGCACUUCUGGAAUGUCCGCCCCAGUGAUCACUGUGAGCAAUUCCUGUCCGGCUGACCUGACCAAUAUAAAGAAAGAAUAUCCAGAUCACGAAGUGAAAGCAUUGUCCAAGGAGCGACAGAAGAAAGACAAUCACAACCUGAUUGAACGUCGGCGAAGAUUUAAUAUUAAUGACCGAAUUAAGGAGCUUGGAACAUUAAUCCCAAAAUCCAGUGACCCGGAGGUUCGCUGGAAUAAAGGAACUAUCCUAAAGGCGUCUGUUGAGUACAUCCGAAAAUUGCAAAAAGAACAACAGCGUGUCCGUGAGCUGGAAGGCAGACAGCGCAAACUGGAGCAUGUUAACCAGAGUUUGAUGCUGCGUAUCCAGGAGUUGGAGAUGCAGGCUCAGAUGCAUGGACUCAACCCUCAUUCCACCAUCUCCGCAGACACUCCUAAGACAGAGUCCACAUCCGAAGCAUUGUCAGAUUUCUUCACCAACCUCUCUCAGCCCCUCAAUACAUCCUCUUUAGACUUGGGAACUGCCACCUACUCUGACCCACUGAGUGACUUGGUGGACAGUAGCCUAAGUUUUCACCUCAAUCUGACAGGAGACUCGGCUAUUGAAGACAUUCUUAUGGAUGAUGCCUUGUCCCCAAUGGGCAGAGAAGAUCCUCUCCUCUCCUCGGUUUCUCCUGGUGCCUCCAAAACCAGCAGUCCGCACAGCACCUUCAGCAUGGAGGACGACCCUUGACUGGAUUUAAACUUUUACCAAACUGACCCCAGUGCUGGCCUCCGAUCUACAACCAUAAGCCUAUAAAACUGACCUACAGAGCAAGUCCCGUCAAACAGACCCUGGAGGUACGCUCUAGGGUAGACCAACUGUAGCUACAGAACACAUAUCUUCACUAAUUAGCUGUUCAUGAGAUUUCAUUUCCAUCAGCCUUGCCUACUAAAUGGAGUGGUGGUGACGUUUUCAGUCCUGGGGUCUCGUCUCCCGUGGUUGUAAAUAUGUGGGUUCUAAUCUAACAUAAAAUGGCAUUAAAGCAAGAAAGAACCCUGGUGGGAUCACUGGCUGGGCCAAUAAACAUUCCCUGGCAGAGUACAUACUGAAUUCAUAAGCAUUCUCCCUAGUAUGACUCCGGCUUACACAUAUAGUGGGCAACGAUGACGUUUGAUAAAUAUGAACUUUUCUGCCCCCAAGCACUCCAUGGAUUUCUUAAAACAUGCAUGUUCCUUCGUGUUAUUGGAACAUACUACUUUUAUUUUUUUCGGUUUAAGAUGUCCUCAAAUUUUCUUGAUGGUAAUUUGCAGAGUAGAAUGUCCCCCACUACCCCAGACAUGGCAUAGGAGAAGGCGCUAAAGGAUGCUACUUUACAGGUAGUACCAGAGGCUACUGUAGGUGGAAAGGCCUCUUACUAUACCAGAAGCCACAGUAGGUGGACAGGUCUCACACCAGAGGCCACCAUAUGUGGGCUCUUCUCUUAUUAUACUGGGGGUCAUUACAGAUGUACAGAUCUUUUACUAAACCAGAGGCUACAGUACAUGGACAUUAUUAUACCAGAGGCCGCAGUAGGUGGACAGGUCUCACACCAGAGGCCACCAUAUGUGGACAUUUCUUUUACUAUACCAGAGGCCACAGUACAUGGACAUUAUUAUACCAGAGGCCGCAGUAGGUGGACAGAUCUCUCGUAUUCUUCAACCACAAUAAGUUUUUAUUUAAAAAUAAAAUAAUCACCAGAUAUGCUGUGGAGGUUUAGGACAAUGCUGUGACCGUGGGCUCUCAUGUCAGGGCUAAUUGUAGCCAUUCUGUAGAUGAAAGGUAAUGUUGCUAUGGAUGUUGUAUGAUGAUCCCAGGGCGAGCUUUGGGAAUGGGGCAAGAUUCAUUUUAUUGAUGCAGAAAUUAAGUGAUUGUUACUGCAGACAGAACCCACACUGACGGCAGAGUCCUAACUGUCUAGCCACAGCGAGGUGCCGCCACAUUAUUUAACCCUCUUCUAAUAAUCCUGAAGGACUCUCUACAAAUUAAAAAGUCGCUGUAAAACUAGGCUGCACUGUUUAAGUGCAUGCCCCUACCUAGAUGGAGGGGGACUGAGAAGCAAUGUGUCAUAUAAUGAAUAAUGGCUAAAGACAUGCCUGGAUGGGAUUAGUUAUAAUGUGGGAAAAUUUGCAAUAUAGUAAUGAGUGUGCGGCGAUAGAGCUGUGAGUGUAUGUGGAGUGGGCGACGAUAGAGCUGUGAGUGUAUGUGGAGUGGGCGACGAUAGAGCUGUGAGUGUAUGUGGAGUGGGCGACGAUAGAGCUGUGAGUGUAUGUGGAGUGGGCGACGAUAGAGCUGUGAGUGUAUGUGGAGUGGGCGACGAUAGAGCUGUGAGUGUAUGCGGACUGUUACGGGACACUGCUGUGAGUGUAUGCGGAGCGUGCCGGGACAGAGCUGUGAGUGUAUGCGGUGUAUGCGGAGCGUGCCGGGACAGAGCUGUGAGAGUAUGUCGUUUUUGCUGGGACUUAUAUCAUUACUCUAUCUGUAAACAGAGUAAUGAUGUAUAAAAUAUGUUGGGGUGUGUGUGUGUGUGUGGACAGGGCUAUAUUUGUAUUGGGGGACAUUGUUAUGAGUAUAUUGGGGGAGCAGGCCUCACCCCAUAUCUUCUUUGUGCUUCUAUAUAAUUUAGGAUUGUCAUGUAUUUUGCAUAUUACAAAAUUAUUACAUAUAGCUGCAAAUUCUUUAAUAAAACAUUUUACAUUA